CAGAGGGCGUUUAGAAUCUUUCAUAAUGGUACAAAUGCCUGAACAACUUCCAGCGUCAAUUUGUGUAUUCCCCCGGACAACAAACUGGUCAUCUGUACUUUAGUGCCUUAACAAUGCUCCGUGCCACCACUGCCUUCCUGUGCUCCUAUUGCCAGAAGAGGAGCGUCUUAACCCCUCAUAUGGGCUUCUCUGCCUCUACCCUCACCAACAAGCGGCCAGAGAACCAGCAAACUGUCGACUCCCUUUAUGACCUAUCGGUGGACAUCCGUAAAGUGCGUAAGUUCAAGGGAUGGGUGCUGUCAGAGAACUCUGUGUACGUGUACGAGACGGCGGACCUGCUGCGGGACAUGGGCGCUGACACUGCUUCCAUUGCCCGUGUGCUGGAGACCCACCCCGAGGCUAUCCUGUGUCGGCCCGAGGACGUGGCAGCUCAGCGGGACCUCUGGUCCUCCGUAUGCCCCAACCGGCGUGAGCUGGUAGGCAUCAUUGAGAAGUUCCCUGCCUCCUUCUUCACACUCACGCACCACACCAACCAGCGUGACAACAUACGCUAUCUCCAGAGCCUGCGCCUCAGCAAGCGCAUCAUCGGGAAGCUGAUGGCCAGCGCCCCCCAGAGCUUCAGCCGGCCUGUGGAGAGCAACCAGGAGGUCAUCCACACGCUGCGAGAGACUUACCUGGACCUGGGAGGGGACGAGGGAAACCUGCGCUUAUGGUUCCAAAAGCUGCUCAGCCAGAACCCCUACAUCCUGAUGCGGCCGGCUGAGGCGUGGAGGGACAGUCUGGGCUUCUUGAGGGAGAAGGGCUUCACCACAGAGGAGCUCCUGGUCCUGGUCUCCAGCCUCAGGGCCUCCAUCGCAGAGCUGCAGCCUGAGGCCAUGCAACAGGCUCUGGACUACACCCAGGGGGUGCUCGUGUGCUCUGAAGAUGAGCUCCGGGAGAUAGUCCUCCGCUGCCCUGCUGUACUGUACUACUCUGUGCCUACUCUGGUGGGCCGGUUCAAGGGGCUGCUGGACGUGGGGGUGAGCAUGGACCAAGUGAGGGAGACGCCCAACGUGCUGGAGCUCACCACUCAGAUUGUGCUCUACCGCAUCCAGAAACUAGCCUCCUACGGCUAUGACGUGCGAGGUGGCAGCCUGGACGUUAUCGUCGGCACCAAGAAGGACUUUGAAAUGACCUAUAGCAAACUGCAGCUAAGGCAACAACGACCACUCUUCAACCCUGUUGCCCCCCUCAGGACAGCAGAGGAGUGAAUGUCAAUGGACCACAUCUUGAUGUUUUAAGGGGAUAGGAUGAAUACUGCACGGUUGCAGAACAAGCUAUGGGUGUUUUACUGUAAUUACUGAUUGGAGACUGAGGUUUUAUGAUGUCUCCGUUGGCGUGAGCUAUACAUUUCCCCAAUGUGUAUUGCAUAUAAUGGGUUUGCUAUGGAGACCUCUGUCUCCAGAAGUAGGUGGAUCAUCCAAUCAUCGUCAGGAAAUGGCUGUGUUUGUUUCAAUUAGCCUGAGUCACCUAUCAACAGCCACUGUUCUAUACUCUAUAGCAUGAGAUGAGAAAGAAUAAAUGUUCCAAGUUUUCAUAUUUGUAUCUAUUGAUGAAAUGGUAUCCCUUGCACCUUAUGGUUUAAAUGUGUAUGAACUCUACUGACAGCAUUAUCGAGACAGUGUGAAAGAUCCAAGUAUUUCACACUGUUAUGCUAAAUACUAACUGGAAUCAUUGAUGUAAAGAAAAAAGUGCUGUGUUAUUUUUACGUUUAAGCUAAUUGGCACACAUUUUGGUAUAGGUCCUUGUAGGCUGGAUUGACAUGAUAACAUCAAGUUUAAAAAAAUAGAACUUAUAACAGAGUGCCAUUUAUUUGUGACUUGCCACCACAUAGCUCUUUACCUAUACCUACACUCUUAGAAAAAAAAGGGUUCUUCGGCUGUCCCCAUAGGAGAAGCCCUUGUUGGUUCAGAGUGUUCUACAUGGAACCAAAAAAUGAUUUUACUUGGGACCAAAAAGGGUUUUUCCAAAGGGUUCUCCUAUGGGGACACCCGAAGAACACUAAGGUUCUAGAUAGCACCUUUAUUUUUGUAUGCAAUUAUGAUGCAAUUUACAAUGCAUCAUAAGCACAUUUCAUGUCACCAAAAAACAUUUAUUCAAUACAAAAAAGUUAGAAGUUUUAACAAACAUUUUUUUUUUGCUCUGACAUUUACUGUCAACUGUGGAACCUUAUAUAGACAGGUGUGGGUCUUUCCAAAUCAUGUCCAAUCAAGUGAAUUUACAACAGGUGGACUCCAAUCAAGUUGUAGAAACAUCUCAAGGAUGAUCAAUGGAAACAGGAUGCAUCUGAGCUCAAUUUCAAGUCAUAGCAAAGGGUCUGAAUAGUUAUGUAAAUAAGGUAUAUGCAUUUGCAAACAUUUCUAAAAACCUGUUUACCCUUUGUCAUUAUGGGUUAUUGUGUGUAGAUUACUGAUUUUUUUUUUUUAAUCCAUUUUAGAAUAAGGCUGUAAUGUAACAAAAUGUAGAAAUUGUCAAGGGGUCUGAAUACUUUGAGGGCACUGUACUGUACAUUCAGUUUUUUGUGAUGUUUAGUGUCACUUUGUCAGACUUGUGACAUUCACCAGGAAGAGCAUUCCUUCCGGGGAGGAACAGUAGUGUAUGACCUGGUUCAAGUUGUUUUAACAUGAUACCCAGCCACGUGGUUAUCAUUCCCUCACAACUUAAUUCAAGGCUAAAAAUAGCAUAGCAAAAAGGUUGAAUCAUAAAAAUAUAUUCAUCUGUUUGCACUGUUACUUAAAAGUCUGCAUAAGGUAAAUGAUACUUACUAUAACAAGUCACACAUACUGAAAAUGAACAGUGUUAGAGAUAAAUUCGCAUAUAGUUAAGUAGUUCUAUUAAUACAUUUUAAUGCAGGGUUCCCCAACUGGUCCGCGGGUGGUUUUAUUAGGCCCCCAAAGUUUUCUGAGCAAAAAUAAAUAAAUAUUUUUUUAUAUCCAACAAUGAAAAUUUAACAAAAUAUUUUUUUUUUUGUUAAAUUUUCAUUGUUGGAUAUAAAAACUGUAAAAACACCAGGAAAUCAGCUUCAAGUAAUUUUAAUUAUGGAAAUCUGUUCCCAUCUAUUUCCACUAAUAAUGAUCGUAAGCAAGGUUUGAAAUUAUUACGUUUUAAUCCAAUGUUAUAUCUGUUUGGGCUUCUUGCGAUUAAUUUGCAGUCUACAAAUUAUUGUUAUGUAUAUUCCGGCCCCCCGACCAUCUGCUCAAGAAAAAAAAUCUGCACACGGCUGAAUCUAGUUGAUGAUCCCUGUAGUAAUGCAUCUAAGUAAUACACUGUUACAAAGGUUAUGCACAAAUCAGCUGUGAAGACUGAGGUAGGCCUAAUGUAAGACAUGUGUUGUGUACAUUUCUACAAUAUUGGUAACCAAUGAAAUAAAGCCGGGGAGAAAAAGAA